AUGUAUUAUCUUCGGAAAAGUAGAGCUGAUGAAGUUGAGCAACUCAUGAUCAUCUUUGAUGCAGCUAAAGCCCAUCUCAAGUCCUUGGGAAUUGACCAAUGGCAACAAGGUUAUCCCAAUUCCGAUGGACUUUUAGAAGAUAUUAGAAAGGGCGAGGGUUACGUCUUAAUUUACGAGAAUGAAAUAGCUGCUGUGGGCGCUAUAUCAGGAGGAACUGAUCCAGAUUACACGAAUAUCGAUGGGCAGUGGCUUCCUCAGAGUAAUCACGAAAAAUAUGUUGUUGUUCAUCGAACUGUGGUUGCGGAUAAAUUUCGCGGUAGGAAUCUUUCGACCAUUCUCUUCUCAGGACUAAUAACUCUUGCGGUAGAAAAGGGCUACAAGGACAUUAGAGCCGACACUCAUCCUGCUAACAAAACGAUGCAGCAUAUACUCAAUAAACUUGGCUUCGCACAUCGCGGGUUUAUCACACAGCAAACCUCCCAGAAAGUUUUGCCAGCCUACCAAUUCAUCGUUGCCUAA